AUGACAUACAGAGAUCAAACCCAGCAGAGGAAGCAACAAUGCUCAUCUUCAAAAGAUGAAUGUCAUCAACUUGACAAAGAAUUUGACAUUGUUCAUGAACCAUUUCUUGAUAGUAAAUCUAGUCAAGGAAUCAAAAGAAAUAAAAAACUAACAAGAAUGGAAAGAGUCCAUCAAAGAGAUAUCAAACAUAGUGCUUCUUCACUAGAGGACCAUCGUCAUGAUUUGUUGUCAGCUCCAAUACCCAAAGUAGACUCACCAAAUCGAUUUAUGACAUUGAACUGUUUGCCAGUAAGUUCAACAGAACAUUCACUUACCAAAAGACAAAUUUCCAGAACAGUGGAGGAGUGUUCUCCUGAUAGGAUUGAGUUUUGUAAGACUUUUUCACUCUUGAUCAAGAUGGGGAGUGUUAAAUCAGAAGAACAUUUUGUACAUGUAUCCACAAAUCAACAGAUAAGCGAACAUCAUAUGUGGCAAACACGAUGGAUUGAAGUACUCUGGUUAGCAUUACAAGCAUGGCAAGCUGAUAGAACCAUGCAAGAACAAGAUAAGUACUUGUAUUCCAAAAGACAAGAAGUUUCAAAUAUCUUGGAUGAGGUGAUGAAUUUCAGAGUACCAUCAAUAGCAACUACUCUAGCAACUGACACCAUAGUUAAAUUUACUAUAUCUACAUCUUCUGUGGUUCCUAUGUCAAGUCUCGCAUACUCUGCCAAAUGUUCUUCUAUUUGUGCAUCUGAAAUUAAUGUAAGCACCGCCAUGGUGUUUUGUAAUAAGAGAGAAACAUCUGACGAAGAGACUUAUCCUUCAGUCCCAUUUACUCCUUUCAAUUUAAUUAGUACAAAUGAUAUCUUAAAACAAAGAGAAGCAUUACUACAUGUUACAGUACUUAUGAACAAAUUAGAAGAUGUGGAACGAUUAUAUCCAAACCUAAAAGCUCUCAUGAGAGACAGUACUUUGUAUGGAAGUGAAGAAUUCACCAAACGUAUUGAAACCAUUUGUGUUUGGCUGAAUAUAACCAAAGGUAUGAAUCAGAAAUUAAAAUUAAUGGCAAAAGUACUUGGAGUAGAUAAUAUUGAUGAUCUUGUCUGGCCAGGGUUAGAAUGUGAAAUUUCUAAUCCUUUAUUGAAGACUGGCAACACUGAUGAUCUUUGUAUAUUUGAUAUGGAUGGGGUAACACAGGGAACAGAUAAGUUUGAUGUUACACCUUCUAGUACAAGUACACCCUUGAAGGAAAGUCGCACAAGAUAUGAUGGAAGAAGUAAUAUUGGUAGAUACAUCUUUGGUACAAGGAUUUACCGACCAUUUGUGGACAAGUCUUUGAAACAAAUGGGAGUACAUAAAAUGUUUGAAAUGCUGCUUAAUUUACUUGAUGGCACUUUACAACGAGCUACCCAGGCUUUGAGGUGUCCAGACAGAUUUUCAGAAGAAACAACGACAUCUGGAUGCAAGAGCCCCGAUAAUGACAAUAAAUAUACGCAUACUAUAUUAGAUAUGCUUGAAGAAAGAAUGUCAUCAAUGGAGCGAAGACAUAGUUUGCUGACACAUGGGUCCAGUAGUCUUGAAUUCAUUCAGAUGGGACUUCCAUCAUUCAGGCCUACCUAUUUAUUUUUGAUACGGAUACCAUUGCAUGUGAUGCAUGAAUGUUUGAAACUGCGUCUUGAACAGAAACCAGCAGCAGAACCUUCAAGACUGAGCAUUACACAGCUGAUUAGAGAGUGUAAAGAAGUUAUAACGGGUUCUAUUGUGAUGAAGCAAUACUACCAAAGAAUGGUUACUUGUGUACUCUGGGAUAAUAAAGACUUAAAAGAGAAACUUGAUAAUGAUAUGGAUGAGUACGAGAAAGAUCUUAAAGAAAUGUUACAGGUAUAUUUUGAAUAUUUACAUAGCUGGAUACAAAUGCUACAACGAAUGCCACAAGCUUCUUUAAGUCUUAAAGAUGUCAUACAAGAAGAAUGGAACUUCGCUAAAGAAGUAUGUCAGCACAUAACUGGUGGAGAAGCACAGGCAGGACAAAGAUUCUGUGUAAUGGCAAGUGGACUAUUAACAUCAACAUCAGAAUUCUUAUCAAAUAAGAUGGAUGAUUUAUGUUCUUAUUUACAAGAUAGCACAUCAUUCAGUGAAACUAUCAGAAGAACUAUACUUGAAUCAUGUAGGGGUUUCAAACAAUUAUUCCAUGAAAGCAGAGAAAGAGCUUCCAAGGCUUUAGGGUUCGCUAAGAUGUUAAGAAAGGUGGUGACAUCCAGAACAUCUGACUAUCAGCUUUUCAUACCACAGAAUCUUAAGAAUGAAAGAAGUCAGAUUUUGCAGUUGCUGAAUGUCACAUUUGGUAAAGAUGAUCUACAUGAUCCUGGAUUGGAUGAUCAAAAAAAUAACAAGUAUUUAUUGAUAUUGAAACCAGAUUCAAAUAUUCAAAGGAUGUGCCCAUUAUGGGAUGGAGACACAGUAGAAGUAAAUCCAUCUGUUGAAACAACCAUAGCACUAGCAGCUGUAGAGUCAGAAGCUUUAACCUUAAGUGAAAUGAUAACGACUGCAGUGCAUCAAGUUGAUGAGAAUUUAGAUUUAGAUUUAUUGGCUGACAUUGAAGAAAUGGAAAGAAUUAAUAUGAGAUAUUAUUACAAAGAAACAAUGCAUAGUUGUUUCAAUCUUGGAUUUGAGAUAGAUCUGUCUGCCAAUCACCGAAAUGUUAAGCGUCCGAUGUUUGUGUCACCUCUUUCGAAGACGAGCGCAUUUGGCGCUCUAUCGAUCUCUGGGAGUCCCAUGGACACUUAUGCCUUUCCACCCUUGCCUUCUGACACUGUUGCGCCUAACCUUCUAGUCGAGUCCCCAGGGGAGUUGCCGGAUCUUCCGGAUCUGUCCCAGCCAGACGGUACUCUCCCGACGAGCCCCGCGCUGUUCCAUCUUCACAUAUGGAGGCUGUCGCAAGGCUUUUUGGCAGAGUUAUCCAAGUUCCUCGCUUCAGCACAGUCAGAGUAUGAGUCCAGAUGGAGACUCUACAUCGUUUGGUGUAACGGGAUGUUGAUUGAUCAUCUCCGUCCCUCUAUUAGCGAGUAUCAUAAGGAAGUGAGUCACUUAGUAACUGGAGACAACAAACAAAAAUUAGGACACGGUUUACUGAAGUUUGCUAUGAAGUGGAUGCAAUUUGUGCUUAAUAAGUGUGAGCAGGGCAGAGGAACAAGACCAAG